AACGAACCUAGGCCCGUACUGUUAGUGCAGACUGCCAAGUCGCGCGCGCUGCCAUCAUCGCCGACCGCAUUCCUUCGUCCCCUUCAACCUUGCAUCAUCGAACCGACGGAACCAAUACGGCGAACGGCGUGCACAUCCUUCUUGACGAUUUAUUUGCGAUAUCCACGGCUUGCUUCUUGACGGUAGCGCCGCUCGGCAUGUUCUCGAGGAGGAAGUGCACCUCAGCGGGCCGAGUCACCGCCCACCUGUUGCUGUCCUUCCUCGCCCUGGGGGCCUCUGUAGCAGGCAACACCGCGCCCGACACGCAACUCGUCAUUCCCAUAGAUGUAUCCCCGCUGCCGCCUCUGAUUCCAGAGCCCUCGAAACGCGGAGAGCACACUUUUACGCUCCGUCAUAUAUAUCACCAUGGCACCUACAGGCACCCGACGCUGCAUCGAAAGCAAGAUGUUGCGCAAUCGGAUGCUGACGUGUGGCUGGCCGCCGAGGACGGCUUCGAAGAGCAGCGCAUCACGCCCCUCACGGUCCGGAGUGGGCCGCUCCAGAUCCAGCGGCUUGUUGACCGGCGCCCUAAUGUGGUCGACGCCAUGGUAGCUGAAGCGCGGCAGCGCGGCUAUGUGUCGGCUAUGUCCGCCGAUGCUUGGACACUCGAUGAUAUCGCGGCGCCUGAUAUCACGGACAAACAGACGGUCUUAAACCUAGCCCUGAUGGCUGCUAACGCCUACGUUGAGACGCCGUCCCUGCCCGAUUGGGAGGACGUGAGUGGGCCUUUCAACCGGAGCGCCGAUUUUGGAUGGGAGAAUGACGGGUUACGUGGCCAUGUCUGGGCGGAUGAAAACAACGAGACGGUCAUCAUCGGCUUGAAGGGAACCUCUAUGGCAGUUUUCGACGGCGAUGGCACGACCACCAACGACAAAGUCAACGACAAUCUGUUUUUCAGCUGCUGCUGUGCUCAGCAGGGCCCGUGGACAUGGCACCAAGUCUGCGACUGCGCGACCAGCACUUAUACGUGCAACAACACGUGCGUUGUCCAGGCCUUGCGCGACGAGAAUCGGUACUAUCAGGCGGGGCGCGAGCUUUACGCCAACGUCACGGAGCUCUACCCCAACUCCACAGUGUGGCUAACGGGGCACUCACUCGGCGGUGCUGUCAGCUCUCUGCUAGGUCUAACCUACGGCAACCCGACAGUGACCUUUGAAGCUGUACCGGAGGCUCUUCCUGCCGCGCGGCUAGGGCUUCCAGUGCCGCCUGGCUCGGACCCAGACGUCCCUCAGGCCCGCGACUAUACUGGCGCGUUCCAUUUCGGGCACACGGCCGACCCAGUCUUCGUUGGCACUUGCAACGGGGCGACUGCCUCUUGCUCAUUUGGAGGAUACGCCAUGGAGUCAGCCUGUCACACUGGACGGGAGUGCGUUUACGACACUGUCGGCGACAAGGGCUGGCGCGUCGGAAUUGGAACGCAUAAGAUCCGCUCCGUCAUCCACGACGUUAUCAUGAAGUAUGAUACGGUUCCAGAGUGCAAAUUCACACCAGAGUGCAGAGACUGUGGGAACUGGAAGAUGUACGAAAGCAACGGAACGGAGACCACAACAACGUCCAAAUCAUCGACAUCAACCUCCUCCACCCGCACCCGCACCGAGACAUGCAAAACUCCUGGAUGGUGGGGAUGCUUGGAUGAGACCACGACCACAGGAACUGCGACGACAACAUCAGAAGUCACGACAACAUCGUCAACAUCGUCAACUAGCACAACCACAUGUGCUACUCCGGGCUGGUUUGGGUGCAAAGAUAAAACCACAACAACUACUUCUGCCACAGUGACAACGACUACUUCUAGCACAGUGACAACAACCACUGCGCCAACUGCAACGCAAACUUCAACCACAACUACGCCAAGCAGCACGUGCUUGACUCCAGGGCGAUUCUGGGGUUGCUAUGAUGGAACAACUAGCGGCGGUUCCACUGCCACGACAACAACAACGACAACAACGACAAUAUCAUCAGAGCAAAGCACUAUCACGCCGCCUCCAAGCGUACCCGCUCCGACGUCGGUUCUACCAGCAGUUUCCACCGAAGAACCGCCUAGGAAGCUAUCCUGUGUCGAACGGAACUGGGCUUGGGGGUGUAAGAAAUGGGACCCGCUAAUGGAGGACACGAGCGAUCUGUAACCUUGUUGUUGAACUCUCUAUUUUUCUCUCUCUUUCAUAGGCGGUUAGAUUUGGCGUUUGGCAUUACGAGGAGUUUAUUUGUGGCUGAGGGCUUCAGAACAUCGGCACUCGGGCUGAUUGGGGAUAGUUACAACUUUUGGGUUCACGAUGGGUGAGAUGUUGGUUUUUUUUUUUUUGGAUACCUAGUAUCAGAACGGGGUAUGAAUAUGGGAAACACAGGCGCAGGAGUUCCUGGCGGUAACAAAGCAUCCGUAAAUCCGUAAACAGCGCAGUAAACAAUAUUACCUAAAUAAGAACAUCGUUGGACGGGGUACACUAGGUGAUCUAGAUUUUUAUAAUAUUGCUCCCUCUAAGAAUCCAACCAUCCCCAGUCUCUACACGUGGUCAACCGUAUAGCGCGGCAACUGAGGUUCCAUCACUCGCCCAUGUUACUCGUACCAAUAGGUAAGCUGGGAGAUACGAAGUUAAU